AUGCGCCAGAGGCCUGCUCCUCGGGACACCUUUUUUAACCUCAAGCAAGAGCCCCAGCAGUUUAGACCGACGUCUGUGGCUACAGAAUUCGUGGAUACGGAUUGGGAUGGAGAAGAGGAUGAAGUGAUUAGUGAGGCGGAAGAUAACUCACCGCGGGUGAGCUUGCAAUCAUCUGGGCAGCCGAGUUUCACAACCCUUUCUUCGUACGACGAGGCCCCCACCCCCCGUUCAAGCAGAGGCCCGCAGGUCUAUCUGGAAUAUUCCCCAAAGCAAGUAGAAGGGCCUCGCGGGCCGCACCUCUUUCGAUUCCCUGCGGAUCAGUACAUGAAGUACCCACCAGACGAAGAUGUAAUCCUAACAUUGUCGCCCAUGACUCCGCAAGUGCCUCGACAAGUUGUAGCUCAUCAACUAUCUCGCCGCAACACCCCCUUCCAGUACACUGAUGAAGACCUCGACACAUCAGAGCUGGCAUCAUGGACUCCCGAGAUGGUGGCACAGUCGAUGCUCGAUGCCGGUUUGGAGCUGGCGGUCUCGGACCGAUUCAUUGAGAAUGACAUUACCGGAGCUAUCUUGAUGACGCUGAAGUUUGAAGAUCUAAAAGAGCUGGAUAUCUCUUCUUUCGGAAUCCGAACAAGGGUAUGGCAUCAGAUUCAGGCAUUGAUGGAUAGCAGGCCUGCCUCGCCCCGAGCCUCGACUCCAAUUGAAGAUAAGCCGAGCCGCGAAGCUAGGAAGGCAGUGAAGAAGGAUAACUGUGGUUCCGUGCGGCGCCACGAGAGCAAGCGCAGACAACGCCGCGGCGUCAAUGACCCCAUUACGCCAAUGGAGUCUGUGUCCAUCAUCGGCAUCGAACAAGUCAUUCCAAAGCCUCACAACUGUUCCAAGGGUGAGAAGUGCUCGAAGUGGAAGAAGCAGCAAAAAAUCAUUGAGGAGUUCCAGAGAUUGAAUCCCCACAUCGACAUCAAUACAGCCAGCGGCGCGGUUGUCAUUUAUGGCGACGCAGGAAAUCCUGACACGGCCAGGGCCUUGGAUCCCAAUGAGACGAUGCGGCCAUUUUCUGAUUCGGUUCCCUCUGUGGUGGCAUCUUCCGACAUCCUCGGCCCUGGUGGCCUGCCGCCUCUUCAAUAUCUCCAGGAAGCAACUCUUCGGGGUGUACAGGCUCGCGAUCCUCAGGACAACGUCCGACAAUUCCUCACCUUUCAGCAGACCAAUGAAUUUGGCGCUGAAGUGCCAAUGACUCCCCCAUUUGAAGUUACGCCGCCUGCACAGCCUCAUCAAGGCUUGCGACGUCUGCCGAAGCUAUCUAUCCCAGCAGGGCCUCAGGCUGCACGACAAGCGGCUCCUCGAGCCUCUGUGUCACAGCCAACACAGCACCAGCAGCACCAGCAGGAAUCCCGCCGCUCUUCUCCCUUGCAACAAGAGUUUGUGCCAUACCAGAUGGACAAGGUAGAUCCCAUGUCACCUGACUUGGAAACUGCUAAGAACCCGUACCGAUUCGGGACUCCAUUCUCUGAGAUGGAUGUUCCAGUCACUGCCGUGCCCAUUGGGCCUGUAGCUCGUGAUACCUCUCAGUCGGUGCCUCCCGACAUGAACUACCGAGCUGCUCCCACUGCACUGGGCCACACUCGAUCCCAGUCGCGAGCCUCUGCACGUCGCCCAUCGUUCCCUGUCCUUCCAGCUUUGGACGAGAACAGGGCUACCCGCAACUACCACAGGAACACUUCGCCGAAGACGGCCUCUCCUAGAACCCCAGUUCCCUCUCAACACUUUCAGCAGCAGCAGCAGCAGCAGCAGCAGCAGCAACCCUCUCAAGCUCCUCCUCGCUUCCACUAUCCCUGGUCUCCUGUUGACCGUACUACAUAUGAGACUGCUAUCCCUCCCAUGCCUUCACUACGCCCCGGUGAUUCCCAGGAAGCACCUGCUGCCAUGUCUACCAACGGCGUCAGCUUUCAAGGCCCCAUGAAGAAGCGCAAGAUGCGCAUGCUCCGUCAUGAAUGGCAAGACGGUUACUUUACCUUGAAGGGGACCCGCCUUAACAUGCACAAGGAUGCCCAACAGAUGGACCGUACACUUGAGUAUGUCGAUAUUGAUGACUACGCAAUUGCCUGCUCCAGCCUCGCAUCUACAUCAAAGCUCUCUGCUGCGUUCAAGGCUGUCUCCAUUUCACACAACCGUGAAAAGAGCGACCCUGUCGGCGCUUUCAGCUUCCAGCUCAUCCCUCAAGAUAAAAACGGAGCACGCCUUCGUAAGCGUGAGAGCUCUCUCCAGCCCAAUGCCUCGGCCGAGGGUGUCAACGGUACCGGCAAGACUCACCACUUCGCCGUCAAAGGCCGUGAUGAGCGUAUCGACUGGAUGCGAGAGCUCAUGUUGGCCAAAGCACUGAAGCAGAAGGGAGAUGGCUUUGAGAUCAGUGUCAACGGUAACAUGAUUUAAGCUACUUGAAUCAAGCUUCGAUCCUUUUUUUGAUGACUCUCUUUUGUCUUUAACGAUUGAAUGAUUAUGACCUGUUUCUUCUAUUUGUUCGCUUUAUCAAAUCUCUCCCUUCUCAAUCUCUUUGAUUUGUAUUCUUCUCUUGCGUGUAGCCAAGCACUAAAGUUGCCUACGUUCAUGCACCCCAGUUUUUUUUCUCCUUUUCAUCUUUGGCUUCUCUUCUCCCAAAACCUCUUCUUCUCUUCUUGCAUAAGACAAAAAAUCUGGUGUGUGUAUAUGCGCGUGGAUUCGCAGCGAAGGAUUUGAUAUCCAUUUUUGUUUCUAUUUGAGGGUUUUAAGAUUGAUGAUACCUAGUUUUAUAUGUUAGAAACCUUCCUUCAAGGGAUUAUGAUGACUUUGGAAACAAAAAAUUAUUUCAUGCUGUUGGUUUGGAGAUUUUUUUUUUUUUUUUUUUCUUUAUUUAGCUAGUGGUAGCUGGGUUACAUAAAUUGAUGAAAAUAAAAAGAGAAAAAUUAGCAUGAAAGCUGUAGUGCACGUUUGAUG